UUUCCAUACCAGUGCAGUGCAACGCCUUUCCAAUGUAUCCCUUCACAUUUAUAAACAAACCCAUAAAUGAAUAAAUAAUAAAUAAAGAAAUCGCAUUCCCAUCAGUUUCCAUAAUCAGGACAAUUUGUCAACAAAUACAUUAAAUAAAUAAUUUAUAAAAUAGGUAUCACAUUCAAAUACGGCAAUGCAUUUUUGGAAAUUCUCAAAUUUGGUGUCUCUUUUAUUUGUGCUUCUUGCUUUGUUCUACUACUAUCAUACUCAUCAAUUCUCUCUUUCCAUCAAAAUGGCCGAAACUGAACAGACCCCCAAAUCCAUAUAUGACUUCACUGUGAAGGAUAUUCGUGGAAAUGAUGUGAGUCUGAGUGAAUAUAAUGGAAAGGUCGUUCUUAUCGUCAAUGUUGCUUCAAAAUGUGGUUUAACACAGUCAAACUACAAGGAGCUGAAUGUUCUUUAUGAAAAGUACAAAGACAAAGGUUUCGAGAUCCUGGCAUUUCCUUGCAACCAAUUUGCUGGACAAGAGCCUGGAAAUAAUGAGGAGAUUCAAGAUGUUGUAUGCACAAGGUUCAAAGCUGAAUUCCCAAUCUUUGAUAAGGUUGAGGUUAAUGGGAAGGAAGCAGCUCCCCUUUACAAAUUCUUGAAAGCCCAGAAAGGAGGCAUCUUUGGAGAUGGAAUUAAAUGGAACUUCACAAAGUUUUUGGUAAAUAAAGAAGGGAAGGUUGUGGAGAGAUAUGCUCCUACCACAGCUCCUCUCAAAAUUGAGAAAGACAUUCAGAAUCUCUUGGAGGCCUCCACUUCCUGAGAGCCAAGGAAAGAGUUGCUUUCACCAUAAAAUGUGAUAUGACUAUGCAGAUGUGUCAAUACUGUUUCUUCAUUUAUAGACUUGGUGUUCUUUCGUGUUUCGAUCAUUCGUUAAUAAACCUUAUGUACGCCUUGCCCUCUUUAUCUAUACUAGUUUAAUUUAUACUCGGUGAAAUGUACGUAUUGAUUUAAAAUAAUUUAUUUGAAUAAUUAUCAUACAAAUUGUGAA